AUGUCUGAUAAAUUCUUCCAACUUGUGAAGCGCAAAUCUCCAAUCGCCUUAGUUGUCACUGGGUAUUUGCUGGCGGUGAUUUCCAAUGCACCAAAGCCAUGGGUGUGGUUCGUAGCUGACUGGCCUUUCCGAGCUAUUAGGGCGAUUGCUGAAAUGGUUGAUGAUGCUGGACAAGGAGCCCUCAUGACAUGA